AUGAAAGCGAUUGCAACAGAUCUGCCAGGGCCUUUGGCCGGGCGGCUGGUUCUUUAUGCCAUCUGCUUCGUGGCUGGCGCGACCCAACCUAUCCUGCUUGUGUAUGUGGUGAAGCUUCUGUUCAAGACGAUCGUGGAGGUGGUUGGCUGGGCAGCCUGCGCCAUUACUGCCAUGGUUGCGCUGAUGCUGUCCACGGCGCCGAAGAGGACACCGAUGAAGCCACCGAUGAAGCUGGCCUACCCUUUGGCGGCCGGCUUUGGGUGGUUUGCAGCCUUUUUCGUCAGCAUCACGCCGCACAUUUGGAGUGCCAUCACGGUUCCAUGUGGGCUGGCCUACGUCUACUUUGUGAUUGCAGAGGAGGAGUCCGUUUCCUGGUGGUGGACCCGUGAAGAUGCAGUCCGCAUCCUGAGCUUCCUUGAGAAAGUGGCAGACUUUAAUGUUUUGCGUGCCGCUGUCGGCAGCACUGCCACCGUCUUGAUGGGUGGCUUCGCGCAGAUGUGGAUGGCUUCCAAGGUCUUGAAUGUCUUGGGGGAGGUGCUGCGAGGCGGUGCAACGCGCGGGCUCUGCACCCUGAGUGCACUGUCAGGAAUGGUCGCAGCUUGCUUCCUGCACACGUGGUGGCUCAACGCCGCCAGCCUGGCCCAGGCCUUCGAUCCCCCGACGGCCAUCGCCCUGAUCCUUGCCUUGGGCCACUGCCUGGUGAGCAAGCUCUUCGUGAACGGGACGAAGAUGGGCAAGACCAUCGUGACAGGGCACCUGCUAGCCAUGACGGGCCUGUUUUACGACUCCUACAGCAAGGGACAGAUGUCUGGUGCAUCGCUCUUUGCUUCGGUUUGUUUCUUCGCCAUCCUGGCCGCGUGCAAGGCCAUGGAGGAGCUUCGAGCACGGUGGAAGCCAGACUUCUAG